AUGGCGGUGCGGAAGAAGGACGGCGGCCCCAACGUGAAGUACUACGAGGCCGCGGACACGGUGACCCAGUUCGACAACGUGCGGCUCUGGCUCGGCAAGAACUACAAGAAGUAUAUACAAGCUGAACCACCCACCAACAAGUCCCUGUCUAGCCUGGUUGUACAGUUGCUACAAUUUCAGGAAGAAGUUUUUGGCAAACAUGUCAGCAAUGCACCGCUCACUAAACUGCCGAUCAAAUGUUUCCUAGAUUUCAAAGCAGGAGGCUCCCUGUGCCACAUACUUGCAGCUGCCUACAAAUUCAAGAGUGACCAGGGAUGGCGGCGUUACGACUUCCAGAACCCAUCACGCAUGGACCGCAACGUGGAAAUGUUCAUGACCAUCGAGAAGUCCUUGGUGCAGAAUAAUUGCCUGUCUCGACCAAACAUUUUCCUGUGCCCCGAAAUUGAACCCAAACUGCUAGGAAAAUUAAAGGACAUUAUCAAGAGACACCAGGGAACGGUCACUGAGGAUAGGAACAGUGCAUCCCAUGUUGUGUAUCCUGUCCCAGGGAACCUGGAAGAAGAGGAAUGGGUGCGACCAGUCAUGAAGAGGGACAAGCAGGUUCUUCUGCACUGGGGCUAUUAUCCUGACAGUUACGACACGUGGAUCCCAGCCAGUGAAAUUGAAGCGUCUGUGGAAGAUGCUCCGACUCCCGAGAAGCCUCGGAAGGUUCAUGCGAAGUGGAUCCUGGACACAGACACCUUCAAUGAAUGGAUGAAUGAGGAAGACUAUGAAGUAAAUGAUGACAAAAACCCUGUCUCCCGCCGAAAGAAGAUUUCAGCCAAGACACUGACAGAUGAGGUGAACAGCCCGGAUUCAGAUCGACGGGACAAGAAGGGGGGGAACUAUAAGAAGAGGAAGCGCUCCCCCUCUCCUUCACCAACCCCAGAAGCUAAGAAGAAAAAUGCUAAGAAAGGUCCCUCAACACCUUACACCAAGUCCAAGCGAGGCCACAGAGAAGAGGAGCAAGAAGACCUAACAAAGGACAUGGAUGAGCCCUCACCAGUCCCCAACGUAGAAGAGGUGACAUUGCCCAAAACAGUCAACACUAAGAAGGACUCGGAGUCAGCCCCGGUCAAAGGAGGCACCAUGACUGACUUGGAUGAACAGGAGGAUGAAAGCAUGGAGACCACGGGCAAGGAUGAGGAUGAAAACAGUACGGGGAACAAGGGGGAGCAGACCAAGAACCCGGACCUGCAUGAGGACAAUGUGACUGAGCAGACCCACCACAUCAUCAUCCCCAGCUAUGCGGCCUGGUUCGAUUAUAAUAGUGUUCAUGCCAUUGAGCGGCGGGCUCUCCCUGAGUUCUUCAACGGCAAGAACAAGUCCAAGACUCCAGAAAUCUACCUGGCCUACCGAAACUUCAUGAUUGACACUUACCGGCUGAACCCCCAGGAGUAUCUCACCUCUACCGCCUGCCGCAGGAACCUGGCGGGCGAUGUCUGUGCCAUCAUGAGGGUCCACGCCUUCCUAGAGCAGUGGGGUCUUAUAAACUACCAGGUGGAUGCUGAGAGUCGACCAACCCCAAUGGGACCUCCACCCACCUCUCACUUCCAUGUCUUAGCGGACACGCCCUCAGGGCUGGUGCCUCUGCAACCCAAGACCCCACAGGGCCGCCAGGUUGAUGCUGAUACCAAGGCUGGGCGCAAGGGCAAAGAGCUGGAUGACCUGGUGCCAGAGACCGCUAAGGGCAAGCCAGAGCUGCAGACCUCUGCUUCCCAACAAAUGCUCAACUUCCCUGACAAAGGCAAAGAGAAACCAACAGACAUGCAGAACUUUGGGCUACGCACAGACAUGUACACAAAGAAGAACGUUCCCUCCAAGAGCAAAGCUGCGGCCAGUGCCACGCGAGAGUGGACGGAGCAGGAGACCCUGCUUCUACUGGAGGCUCUGGAAAUGUACAAAGACGACUGGAACAAAGUGUCUGAGCAUGUGGGGAGCCGCACGCAGGACGAGUGCAUCUUGCAUUUUCUUCGUCUUCCCAUUGAAGACCCGUACCUGGAGGACUCGGAGGCCUCUCUGGGCCCCCUGGCCUACCAGCCCAUCCCUUUCAGUCAGUCCGGCAACCCCGUCAUGAGCACUGUCGCCUUCCUGGCCUCCGUCGUCGAUCCUCGAGUCGCCUCUGCUGCUGCAAAGUCGGCUCUAGAGGAGUUCUCUAAAAUGAAGGAAGAGGUACCCACAGCCUUGGUGGAGGCCCAUGUUCGGAAAGUGGAGGAAGCAGCCAAAGUGACAGGCAAGGCGGACCCAGCCUUCGGUCUGGAAAGUAGUGGUAUUGCCGGAACCACCUCUGAUGAGCCUGAGCGGAUUGAGGAGAGCGGGACUGACGAGGCACGGGCGGAGGGCCAGGCCACGGAGGAGAAGAAGGAGCCCAAGGAACCCCGAGAAGGCGUUGGGGCUGUGGAGGAAGAAGCAAAAGAGAAGACUAGCGAGGCUCCCAAGAAAGAUGAAGAGAAAGGGAAAGAAGGCGACAGUGAGAAGGAGUCAGAGAAGAGUGAUGGGGACCCCAUAGUUGACCCUGAGAAGGAGAGGAGCAAAGGAGGGCAGGAGGAAGUGCUGAAGGAAGUGGUGGAGUCAGAGGGGGAAAGGAAGACCAAGGUGGAGAGGGACAUCGGUGAGGGCAAUCUCUCCACCGCUGCUGCUGCUGCGCUGGCCGCCGCCGCUGUGAAGGCCAAGCACUUGGCUGCUGUUGAGGAGAGGAAGAUCAAAUCUCUGGUGGCCCUGCUAGUGGAGACCCAGAUGAAAAAGCUGGAGAUCAAACUCCGGCACUUUGAGGAACUGGAGACGAUCAUGGACCGGGAGCGAGAAGCACUGGAGUAUCAGAGGCAGCAGCUCCUAGCCGACAGGCAAGCCUUCCACAUGGAGCAGCUGAAGUAUGCGGAGAUGAGGGCUCGGCAGCAGCACUUCCAGCAAAUGCACCAGCAGCAGCAGCAGCCACCUCCAGCCCUGCCCCCAGGCUCCCAGCCUAUCCCACCGACAGGCGCUGCUGGGCCACCCACAGUCCAUGGCUUGGCGAUGGCUCCGGCUUCUGUGGCCCCUGCUCCUGCUAGCAGUGGGGUCCCUCCUGGAAGCUUGGGCCCCUCUGAACAGAUUGGGCAGACAGGGUCAACUGCAGGGCCACAGCAGCAACAACCAGCCGGAGCCCCCCAACCUGGGGCAGUCCCACCAGGGGUUCCACCCCCUGGACCCCAUGGCCCCUCACCGUUCCCCAACCAACAAACUCCUCCCUCAAUGAUGCCAGGGGCAGUGCCAGGCAGCGGGCACCCAGGCGUGGCGGGUAAUGCUCCUUUGGGUUUGCCUUUUGGCAUGCCGCCUCCUCCUCCUCCUGCUCCAUCCAUCAUCCCAUUUGGUAGUCUAGCCGACUCCAUCAGUAUUAACCUUCCCCCUCCUCCUAACCUGCAUGGGCAUCACCACCAUCUCCCGUUCGCCCCGGGCACUCUCCCCCCACCUAACCUGCCUGUGUCCAUGGCGAACCCUCUACAUCCUAACCUGCCGGCGACCACCACCAUGCCAUCUUCCUUGCCUCUCGGGCCGGGGCUCGGAUCCGCCGCAGCCCAGAGCCCUGCCAUUGUGGCAGCUGUUCAGGGCAACCUCCUGCCCAGUGCCAGCCCACUGCCAGACCCAGGCACCCCCCUGCCUCCAGACCCCACAGCCCCGAGCCCAGGCACAGUCACCCCUGUGCCACCUCCACAGUGAGGAGCCAGCCAGACAUCUCUCUCCCUCACCCCCAUGAAGAUCAAGGUUCCAGGAAGAGCCCUCCCCCCACCACUGGGACUCUUCCCCAGCUGGAGAGCUCAUCACUACGUAAGGAAAGCACUUCCUGCCCCUCCAAAGCCCCCACCAAAGCCCCUGUCGGGGGCUUGCAUUUUUAUAUCGGAUUAUUCAAGGACUUCUGUUUAAAGGAUCUUCCUAAUGUCUGGGAGGAAGGAUAGGAUGGGGAUGUGCCCUCAAAGGAAGGACUGGGGGAAGGUAUUUAUACAAGGUUCUAAUUAAUCACUUCUAAAGGGUACACCCCCUCAAAACGACUGCAUUUUUUUAUGGAUGGAAAAAAUUAAGCCCUUUUAAAGGAAAUAGAUUUUUUUUUUAAGCUGCAUUGGAGCUCCCUCCACCCACUAAAAAAAAAUCCAACUUUUAAAUUUUUUGGAGGAGGGAGGUGACCAUUUUAGAAAAGGGUAAUUAACAUUCUGGAGAGAGCUCUGGGGAUAAAAUAGGGUGCAGAACCUGUCUCCUCCAGCCCCUCGGUAGUAACUAAGUCAACUCAGACACCCCCCUCCCCUCCCCGUUUAUCCUUACUAAUCUCUCCUGCUGCUUCCUCAGUGUUGCUGUUUUAGGCCACCCCAGCUCAGCCAAUGACCCGUUUCCCUCUGAAUGUCAGUUUUUGUGUUUUUAAGUCGCCAAUGUAGUUGAUGUCAGCGUAUGUGUAUUUGGUGGGGAAACCUAUUUUUGGAGAUUCCUGUGGUAGAUAAUAGAGGAAGACAGGGCAUUCAGGGCUCUUCUUCCUCCCUGGGCUUUCUCAGUGGGCUCCUAGAAGACAUGGAGAGGGCAGCUAGAAGAUGGAAAGUUUUAAAAACCUGAAAUUUUCAAAAAGCACUUAAGCACCUCUUUCUUAUGACUCAGUGGAUCAUUCCCAUAACCUCUUCCCUCCUCCACCAAGACCAUCAGAACCUUGACUGGUAGCUAGGGUUUCCCUGGGAUUUGCAGACAGUGGGGUAGGGGUGCCCAACCUAGGUUAGUGCUGACCCCCAGCUUGCAGCUCAGCUCAGCUCCCCAGAUUCCAGUGCCUCACAUACCAGCUCUCCCCUCUUCACCCUCGAUGUGCAGGCAAACGUGACUCCAGGCUCCCCACCAGUCCCUCGUCCCGCCCACCAGGCCCUUCGUUCCUCAUGUCCCCAUGUUUCUUCUCCUCUGCGUCUUGGCACCUUCCUUCUGUUCAAAAGUUUUCUGUAAAUUUUCUCUUUUUUUCUUUCUUUUUCUUUUUUAUAAAUUAAUUUGCUUUCAGUUUUA